GAACUUGCGAUUUGGCAUUUCUUAUUAUUUUUAGUCUGUCUAUUACAAAAAUGGCUGCAAACCGUCGUAAGCAAGACGACAAGAAUUUAGAAAUUUUACGUGAACUUAUAUCUAUUAAUGGAAACAAAUAUUGUUUAGAUUGCAACCAAAGAGGACCUACGUACGUUAAUGUUACAAUCGGUUCGUUCGUUUGUUCAAAAUGUUCGGGAAUGCUACGUGGUUUGACGCCUCCCCAUCGAGUAAAGUCGAUCUCAAUGGCCACAUUUACCCCGGAAGAGAUAGAAUUUAUAAAAGUGAGAGGAAAUGAUUACUGUAGGCGCGUUUGGUUAGGCCUAUACGAGGGUGAAAGUGUGAACUUUACUGAUGAACAAAGUGUGAAAGAUUUUAUGUCGGACAAAUACGAGAAGAAACGUUACUAUCUCGAUCAACCGCUGAAUAAUACUGUUACGAACGGAAGUUUAUCAUCGAAGAAUAAGUCAAAAGCUAAAAGCGGAAGUGCUGCAGCGAGCUCAGCACAGCUAAUAUCAAUAGCGAGCUCGGCGCCCAAGUCGAUAGUUAACAAUAACAUGCUCGUGAAUGCGCCCAAACUGGGAAAUAGCUUUUUCUCUGGAGGCAAUGAUGUCAGUAUGAAGAUAGCCCGGCCGGUGCACAGCAUACCCCAGCCCAGCCCCCUCGCGGCGCCACCCGUCGUCGCCCCUGAUCCAGUACCUGAUUUUCCUGUUGACUUUUCAACUGCAAAUAUUUAUAACAGUAGCCAGUUUAAUAAUAAUGUAAACAACAAUUAUAUGCCUGCCCCAUCCACCACUACAGGUUCUGCAGCUUUCACUCCUUUAUCAUCUACUGCUAAUGAUCGCUAUGCAGCGUUAGCAGAUUUAGAUCAUGCACUGAGACAGCAAAACAUGAAGUCAAUGGAGGAAGGUAACAAUAUAAAUAGCAAGAAUCCGUUCCAAAGUGCACCAACCAAUGACUUCUUCGGCAGCAAAAACCCUUUCUUCAAUGGGAGUUGGAGCGCUGCUCCGGCGCCUGUGCCUGUUAAUCCUUUCAUGCCUUCAUCUAACUCUGGGAACUAUGUUAAUUCAAAGAAUCCUUUUCUUUGAAGAGGUGGUCCAUGUUUUGGAGACAAAGAACAAAUGUAUGCAACAAAAAGCACAAAACUAGCUACAAAUUUAUUAUAGUAUACAUUUUUGAAUAAGUAUCUUAUGUUUUUACAAAUUUCUCGGUGAUAUUAUAUUGGCAUUACAACUAUU